AUGCCUGGAGAUUCAGCAAUUACUUUAAGGUCUUUACAAGUAGACCAAAAAUCAUGGACCGUUCGUCUAAGAGUAUUAAGACCUGGGAGUGAAAUAGCAUGUGGAACAAAUUUAUUGUCAAGGAUAAGGAAAAUGAUCAUGGUUGAUGAAGAAGGAACAAGGAUUGGAGUCGUAAUUUUCAAAGAUGAAAUCCAACAAUUCAAUCAUAUAUUUGAGAAUCACAAAUCGUAUGCUAUCUCUAAUGGACAAGUCCAACGGAGUAACCAGGAUUACUUCAAUGCACACCCACUAAUGGAGUUGGUCCUCAAGAAGUACACAACCGUCAAGGAAAUUGGUGAAACAAUCAACGUAGAUAGUACGAUAGUCUACAACUUCAUGAAGUUUCCAGACAUAGAUUCAACUAUUCACAACAGGAAAGCAAUAGAUGUCUGUGGAAUUGUUAUCAAGGUCAAGGACAAGAAAAAAACACAUACUGCAAGAGGGGCUACUAAAUAUGUGCGAGAAAUAACACUAAUGGACAAUGAAUGUCACUCGGUGAUAGUUUCACUUUGGGAGGACAUGGCAACAAAUGAAGGAGGUGAACUUCAAGAAAUUGCAGCUGAAAAUCCCGUCAUUUCACUAGCACAGGUCACAGCCAGAAAAUACCAAGGUGAAUUACAGUUACAAACAACAAUGGCGUCGAUAAUGCAGAUUUACCCAACAAAUGAUGAAGUUCAACAUCUUCAAGCAUGGUUAGCCCAAAUUAACGAUCCAUUGAAAAUACAAGCAUUAGCAAUGAAGGAAAGGAUAAAAAAGGCAAACAAAGUUACUCUUCAUGAGAUAAUACAUAACAGAUUUUUACUAUCUGAGGAUGAAUAUUAUUUCUUCAAAGCUACUGUUAAUAAGGUAGAAAAUAAAUCAUACAUAUGGUAUGAUUCAUGCACAAAAUGUAAUUCAGCAAUCUCCAAGAAUGGUGAUACAAUGGCUUGCAGAAAAUGCAACAUCGAACCGUCAUACAGGUUGCUUCUAAAUGUCACUCAAGAAAAUGAGAGAGCACUUAUUACUAUAUUUGAAGAAGCAGCAAUGUUGUACGUUGGAUGUCCAGUCAAUGAAUACUUGAUGUCAGUGGAGAAGGAAGAAAAUGAUUCUAAAUACUUCAGGGGAUUGAGCUUACAAACAGGAAUGGAAUUUCAAUUUCUCAUUGCACUUAACAAGAAGGCAACCAUUGUUAAUGGUCAACUCAAUGUUGUGGCGGAAGCGAUUGAAAAAAUACAACUCGAAAAUCAAAAGCCUGCAAAACAUGUUGACAAAAUUGUCCAACGAAAAAAACUCAACACCCUUCAAGAUGAAGACGAAAUACUGAUGGGUACCUCGAAGGCUAAAAAUUCCAACACUACAACAAAGAGGCGACAAACAAAGAAAAAUAUAAAUUGCGAUGAAAAUGUCUACAUUUCCAGUGAUGAUGAUGAGACAAUACAACAAUUAUUCAAGAAAAUAAAAAAGAAGUCAGAUUCAACAUAUGGAAGCAAAGAUGUUCAAUUCAUUCAAGUGAAAAAGGAGAAAUCGUGA